GUUUCUAUUCUAUCUCUCGCGAGCCGUCAUGAAAUAGCACUGCGUAUCCGAUAAGAUUCACUUCGUCGGUGUUGAUUCGUCGAAGACGGUCGAGAAGAUCGUGUGCAACGCGACUUCUGGAAUAAAGAGUACGCGUUUAUCCGCAUGAUCGUCGCUCGGACCAGGAGGGUUCUCCCUUUGCGCUCUCGCCAAUUACGACGGUAGGAGGACUCGUCUUCGUCGCGGUGGUGCGCACCGGGUACGUACGCAAGUGUUUCGCGUCAUCGUGAUCCUGUCCGGGCACGAACAAUAAUUUCCGAUCGACGGAAUUAUGACCGCCGCGAGCGGCGUGGCCGGCAGCAGCCCGCUGCCGAAAUGGCAGCUCGCCCUGGUGGUCGGGGCGCCGGUCGCCCUCGGCCUCGGCUACAUGUACUACAAGAACAAGAACAGCAGCAGCGGCGACAGGACCAGCAAGUCAGGACGUGACGACUUCAGGAGGGACGCGAGAGCGUCCUGGGAGAACGGGGCGACCGCCGACAAGCAGAUCUCCAUCGACAGCGACUAUCCACCGAAAGUGCCUUCCUCGGCCGAGCCCAAGACUCCUUUACAAAAGGCGCAAAAAUACAAGAAUGAAGGAAAUGCACAAUUCAAAAUGGGAAAAUAUGAUGAAGCCAUAGUACUAUAUAAUAAAGCGAUUGAUGCUUGUCCAAAGGAGAAUACAGAGGACCUAGCAACUUUUUAUCAAAAUAGGGCAGCUGCGUAUGAACACUUGAAAAAAUUUAGUGCUGUAAAGGCAGAUUCUACAAAAGCAUUGGAAUUAAAUCCAAAAUAUGCAAAAGCUUUAUUGCGUCGGGCACGUGCUUUGGAACAGUUAGAAGAUUUGGAAGCUGCCUUGGAAGAUGCCACUGCUGCAUGUAUUUAUGAAAGCUUUUGUAAUCAGACUUCUCUUGCAAUGGCCGAUAAAAUCUUGGCAAAGCUUGGAAAGCAACAUGUUCAGGAAAAUUUAGCAAACAAAAAAUUUAUAAUGCCAAGCAAACAUUUCCUUAAGACUUAUAUUAUAUCUUUUCCUAAUGAUCCAGUAUUUACUAGACUUGAACAUCCAGAAGAUAUUCCAAAAUUUUUCAAGAAACCAUUAGAGGCGUUGAAGAACGAAGAGUACGAUAAUAUAAUACCAUUGUGUACAGAAAUCAUUGAGAGCUUGGAAUUUAAUACAUUACCUUCAUCUAAAAUGGAAGUACUACUUUUGCGUUCUACAUUUCAUCUUCUCUUGGGUCAGCAUGAUGCUUCGAUGAAAGAUUUCAAUAAUGUAUUGAAUAGCGAAGAAUCGUCCAAAGAUGUAAAAGUAAACGCCCUAAUAAAAAGAGCGACGUUAUAUAUGCAACUCGACAUGCCACAAAUGGCUUUCAACGAUUUUGAAUUAGCUAUUAAUACGAAUCCAAGUUAUGGUGAUAUUUAUCAUCAUAGAGGACAGGUGUAUUUACUUCUGAAUAGAAUAUAUGAGGCAAAGAGCGAUUAUGAUAAGGCAAUUCAAUAUAAUCCAGACUUUGGUGUUGCAUAUGUGCAAAAAUGUUAUACAGAUUAUCGUUAUGCAAUUUGCAACAGAGAUAUGGAAUCAGUUGAAGAGGCAAUGAAAGAUUUUGAGAAAGCUUUCAUAAAAUUCCCGAAUCGUUCUGAUUGUUAUAUGUUGUAUGCUCAGAUGAUGGCUGAAACUGAGCAAUACGACAAAGCAGAUAUGUAUUUUACUAAAGCAAUAGAAAAAGAUCCAAAAAAUGCAAUUGUCUAUGUACAUAAAGGCUUAUUGCAGAUACAAUGGAAUGGUAAUAUUGAUAAAGCUGUGGAAUUCUUUCGUAAAGCGAUAGAAAUAGAUGACAAAUGUGAGCAAGCAUAUGAAUCUUUAGGAAGUUUUGAAGUGCAAAGAGGAAACAUAGAGGAAGCAAUAAGGUUAUUUGAAAAAGCUUUGGAACUGUCUCGUACAACUAUUGAACUCACACAUUUAUAUGGUCUGAGAGAUGCUGCAAAAACGCAACUUAGUUUACGGAAUAGAUUGGAUUUUGAAAGUGUAAAGCACAUAUUUAUUAAUCCACUUGCUCAAAGCACUUUAAACUGAAAUAAUAGAGACAGUAGCCUAUUAUUAACAACAAGAAUUUUUUGUAUUAUUUCUGGUAUAUGGAGUCUGGCAAUAAUGUUUUUAAUUGAACUAUAUACAAUGUUUAUAUAAUAAGAAAUUUAUAUAGAAAGCUGUAUUUACUUCUUAUUUUUUAUCCUAUAAGAAAAAAAAAAAUACAUUACUAAA